GUCGCGCCGCGGGGCACUGCUCUGCGGCGUCGGCCGUGUGUCAGGUACCCCCGUAUUGACCGGCGUUUUUCCCCGCGGCGGCGGCGGCCGGGUCGAGGUCGCCGAGGCGCUGUGACGUCACUACGGCGGCGCACGGCGCGCGGCGCGCGGCGCGCGGCGGCCACUGUAGCGCUAUCGAUCGGCCGGCUAUCAGUGGCAACAUGGCCGCAGCCGGCGCACACCUGUGAGAGGCGCGCUGCCGCCCGCUCCGCCGCACCCAGUCGCCGAGCCAGCCAUGGCACCGGCUGGCCGGACCGCGGUCCUCAUCGCCGGCUGUGUGCUCUGCUUGGUCACCAUCAGCACAGGAUCCAGAGAUGCAUCUCCUCUGAAAUCACUACAAACGGAAGAGGGAAACAUCGACGACUUGAUAUACAGGAUAGAACAGCUCCAGGAACAAAAGCGAGCUCAGCAGAAGCAGCCACCACCACCAGCUCCGCGGCCCUCAUCAGUCCGACACCCGAGCAAGGCGCAGGAGCCGUCCACCGCCCACCCGCCGCGGCGGUUCGCCUACUACCCGAGCGACCCCGAGUACCACGCCCCGCGGCGACCCGAGGUCGUGACACGGCCGGCCAAACAUGGCGACUCAGGUCACGGCCAGACAGCGACCAAGGGCGCCAAAGUCGCCGGCGCUGCAGCGGCGGUCACCGAUGCCCCGGCGCCACUUGCCGUGACCUCUGGUGACCUUCCUGUGACCGCGCGGUACCGUGGUGACCCGGAAGAGGUCAGCCAUGACCCGGCGCGCCACAAGCGUCCGUCGGACGACACGCAGGUGGUGCAGGUGCAGGCGGACGCCCUGCUGGCACCGGCACCAAGCCGCGACAACAUGUCCGACAUCUACUUCAUCGUGACUGUGGCAGGAGUUUGCGCCAUGGCGGUCGGUGUAACGGUGGCUGGAGGAUUCUGCUACCACCGGAUGCAGAAGCGCUCGAAGGCCGCCAGUGACGCCGAGUAUCCUGCGUACGGGGUCACGGGUCCCAGCCGCGACCUUAGUCCGUCUGGGGACCGCAAGCUGGCCCAGUCGGCCCAGAUGUACCAUUACCAGCACCAGAAACAGCAGAUGAUGGCCAUGGAAAAGACCCAUAACGGCCGUCACGGCUCUGCUUCUGACGUGGACUCGGAGGAGGAGAAUGAGGAGGGCGACUACACCGUGUACGAGUGUCCUGGACUUGCCCCGACCGGGGAAAUGGAGGUGAAGAACCCGCUGUUCCAGGACGACCAGACUCCGGCGCCACCCGCCGCCAGCGACAGCAAGUGAGCGGCCGGCGACGGUGGCGCUACCUGCGCCGACUGCGCCGGGAUCGGUAGCGCCACCUGGAGCAGGGUUCGUCCCUGUCGGAGCAGUGGCCGGCCGGCCGGCGGGAAUAUUGAGUCCACAGCGAGAACGGGACGCGGCAUACGAGCACAGCCUGCGUCAUCAGUCAGCCUGGCUUCUAUUAUCCUGCUAAAAUAAAGUUAUUAGCCCAUGACCGUAUACUGUGCGAGCAUAGAGAUAAAGCUAUUUUCAUAUGACGUCAUCGUAAAUAGGCUUUAAUCGUCAAUAACCGGAUGUAUGUUAUUAUACUGGUAAUGUUGCGUACUCCAUGAAAUUUAUUUUCGUAUGAAUUGUUCUCCACGGCAAUGCUGCACAAGCCUGUGUUUGCCGAACACAUUGAAAACUCAUAUGGGCUAGCAUGCACAAGAAGAAACAAAGUAAUGCAUUGUUCCCUAUUAGGUACGCAUAAUGACAUUCACAAUCAAUGUCCUUAAAAACAUAGCUGCAUUUAGACAGCUUCCUCGAAGACAUAUGUAAUAUACACACCCAACAGCCAAACGACAGGUCCAUCUUUCACGGAGUAGAACACCACACCUGGCUUUGUUUUGGCAAAGGUGAAAACAAGCAGAUUUUCGGCGUGUUAUUUAUGAAAGGUCAAACGUGUUCCCAUUUAUUUGGCUUUCGAGAGAGAAUUUUGAUUCUCAUUUCUGUCAUAAUUUACAUAUAUAUAUCUGGCAUCUCGUUUAGGCAAAACUAGGUACCUUGUCUUGAUAAACAAGAUCGGCGCAGGAGUCCUGUAAUUGGAUUUGCGCUGCUUACCGCCCCUCGAUAUGAUUACUAAAGUUCUAUCAAAAAAGAAUGAGUGGUAUGUAGUGGUAGACGAUAGUAUACGCAAAGUUAGGCAUUGUUUUCAAAUCUCAGCGCAGUCAUGCCCCUGAGUCAAUCCAGUCCUGGGCGAGCACUGGCAGCAGUAUGAAGCCAUUAGAAGCCAUUGCGUGGCUUUUUAGUAACAGUUCACAUUAGCAGGAUAGCAGGUAGGUACCGUAUCUAUGGUUUAUGGCUUUUCUAACACAUUUUGACAUAUUGCUUCUUGUUCGGGUGGCACAAGCACAACGGUGACAUAAAGAAAAUUCAAGAGUUAUUAGCCUGAUACCAUCAUUUUUGUCUUUUUUAAUGAACGACACGAUUAAAUACUAGCCGGGGCGGUAGCCGGGGCGACACGAACUACAGCCGGGGCGGCUAUAGUUCCUAGAAUAGUGUGAUGAUUGUCGAAAAAAUCCAGUCACUUAAGAUCAGAAGCUCCAUUAGAGAAGGAAUCUAAACCAUGAAACUCAAUAACGAAACGGUUAAGUUUUUUUUUUUUUUGGCCGAGACAUAGCGCGUUUGAGCUUACAAGAAUGAUUUAGUUACGGGCUUACCAGUGCCAGUUGAUUGUAACGCAUCAAAUAGUAAAUUGGGUUAAAUGUGAAUGUAAGUAGGUACACAUAGCUCUUCAAUGUUAAUGGACAUUCAAACUCUACAAUUUAACCUAAGUUGGCUCUUAGCUUACUUUACGUUAUUUUCUUAUCCAAAGAAAGGGCAGAUUAAUCAUCUGCAACCGACGCAGCAAAUGAAACUAUUCCAUUGACUGAAAUUUUCCGAAGAAAAACACGCAAAAACUGCAAUUCAUCCCAAGAGAAGCAUCUGGAUUGAUACACUACAUACUAAAAAUAUGUUAUGCGUUGAAAUAAUUACAGCGUAGUCUUCUGUGUAGUGUCAAGUAACCAACCUCAAAGCGUAGAUGCUAAAGCUGUAGCUUUACCGGGUCUGCAUCUACCAAAUAACAGAACCUAUGUGUAUUUAUUUCGUGUGUCUGUGAUGUCGUUACCAGAUAAUAUGACGGGUGCCGAGCCAAUAUAACCUUGCAUGGACCGCUUUUGUCGUUAGGUAUCGUGCAUAUCGGCCGGGGCGCCGUCGACCGUCUCGACUGGCGUGUGAUGUGGAUGUGCUAUCCGUAUUAGCUCGUAAGUCGGCCAGCAACGGUGUUAUGCCAGUUAGUUACGUAGCUGUAGUCCUGUGUUAUAUGGCAGACGCACUGUCUGAUGAAUACGCUAUUUUCUGCAGUCUUUUAGCGCUCGUUGAAAUGUUAGCCGAUGUAGCUAUCGUUUCCUGAAUCUCUAUUCUUCUUGACGUUUUCGUGGUGAAAAUCUAUAAAACAGUAAGAGAAGUGGCUAUUUUACCGUAGGAAUUAGUUAUAGCGUAGGUUGUUAGUUUGGCGCUCGCUGUGUCGUGCAUCGUUCGGCGACGUGAGGCCCACGCUGCGUUCUGUCGUGUCUGUUGAUGUACUGCAGCGAUGGUGUAGAACAACCCGUGCUCUGUCUUUUCUAUCAGUACCUAUCGGUGGGUGGCAUUCCGUCUAAGUAAACUGUCGGAAUCGUGGGCGUUCCCGUUGCUUCGUCUAUGGUGUUGGUAUCGGUGACCGGUGUGGUCCCUGCUCCGUCUUUUCUAUAGGUAUCGGUGACCGGUGCGGUCCCUGCUCCGUCUUUUCUAUAGGCAUCGGUGGCCAGCCCCUGUACCACCGCUCUCAAUGGGCCAGCCCCUUCCCUCGUGUGCGCCGAAUCCGUAUCGGUGGCGGGCUCUUGCUCCGUCUCUGUUCUGUGGGCGCUGGAACGCUGUAUCGCUCUUUCUAAGCGUAAAGUCGCUAUCGAGGUCCUGUUCUCUGUUUUGUGGGGACGUCAGAACGCUGAACCGCUCGUUCUGCCGCGCUGUGCCGGCGGUGUACCUGAAUGUGCCACGUGUCUACUCGGAACAGCGAUGUGUGUUCUGUUCGUCUCCUGUGCAAUAGUUAACUACUGUACGGUGAAUUUCGGAUUCUGUCACUCUUGCGCAAACAGUAUUGGCAUUAGUUUAUACAACGAACGGUGGUGUACUUUUCCCGGUAACAGCUAUUCGGCUAAAGUUAUUAGGCAUGUGUCAAUUUAUCAUCCGGCCUAACGUCAUCGAACUACUUCUAAUUUUGAGUGUUUUGUUGUAAGCAAGAACACCAUCUAUUUACUCGAAUAUUCGUCUGCGAGCGAUAACCGAAUAAUGACAUUCUAUCCAUGGCCAUGACAUGCAAUCUAUCCGCGAUAGUCUAUCCAUCCAUGGCGUGCUACCCAUCCAUGGCAUUAUAUCCAUCCCGAUUGCGCACAAACUGAUCGAUAAUCCAUCUUAAGGUAACUUUGUGCGAAAAAACUUAUGUUUAGGAAAUGGCAGAGUAAUUAAUAUCGGCGAAAUAACAUUAGCCUAUUUGACAGCAGAUAAAGCGAAACACUUCCCUUUCUUAUAUCACAAUAUCCAAAGGCAAUGUCUUUCGCUGGUUCGCUGUGCUACGAUUAUAAGUCCGGGUAGAUAAACGCCGUUUGUGUUAUAUAAGUGGAUAACCGAUAAUUGGAACCCGGAAUAAUAGAGGAAGCUGAAAUCAGUCCUUUGCCAUUUAACUAGACCGGAACUCAAUUUACCAAGUUUUGAGUUUGAUUAAAACUGGAGAAAUUAAUGCCAAUAUGUGAUUUUCUCCAUAUGAGAAACAGGUAAAACUUCCGGAGGAUUAAACCUGAAUUGAAAAUGCUUUCAGUUACGAGGAAUAAACUUUUGAGUUGA